AUGACUUGGGAUGAGCAGCAGCAGCUGCAACAGCAACAGCAACAACAGCAGCUGCAGCAGCAGGCACAGCCGAAUUUCGCGCAGCAGCUUGUGCAGCUGCUGCAGCAAGUGCAGCAGCAGCAGCCCUACAGUGGCAACCCACAAGCCGUGCGGCAGCAGCAGCAGUAUUCAGCUGCGCAGCAGCAGCCUCAGCAGUACGCUUUGCACCAGCAGCAGCAAUACGAGGCGCCGCAGCAGCAACUUCAGCAGCAGCUGCAGCAGCAGUUGCAGCUGCUGCAGCAGCAGGGCCUGCAGCCGCAGCAAUACGGUGGGCACCAGCAGUAUGGACUGCAGCAGCAGCAGCCUCAGUACAACAUGCAGCAGCAACCAGAUGCUGCUGCACUGUGGG